AUGAGCUCAAAGCCCCAGCAGCCUGGUCAGUUGGCACACAUAUCUCACUUCCGUUCGCGACACGGAGCGCCUCAAACCUUGGACGUCACUCUGCCGCAUCUCGAUUAUGCCCUUGUUGUUAGUCCCGGAGGCCUGAGGUCCCGAGCUCUGACGGGUAGAGUGCCAGAAUCCCAGCCAGUUUUCGACUGCGAAUCACCCAGUGGCCGUGCUCUGGUCCCUGGCUCAAGGGCACGGCUCCGUACAGAUCCUGUCGACAAUCAGAGCAUCAGAUCCCGUAUUACGUAUUUCGCCACCUUUGAUGCCUAUCACGAAACUGAAAUAGCAACACCAUUAGGCAUCAUAGAUCUCAUCACCACUUUUAGAUACGAUGGUGCCUACAGGUACCAUCUCUGUUCUGCUGCCAAAGGGGGUACAAAGGCUACCUGA